GAGGGCUGAAGUCCGAAUCAAGUCACAAGUUAUGUAUAUCAAAGUCCGAGUCUAAAGUCGUCAAAUUCAUGACUGGAGUCUGACUCGAGUCCAAGUCAUGUGACUCGAGUCCCCACCUCUGGUGACAUCAUCAAAGAGUGACAGUGAUGACAUCAUUUGACAUCAGCAAGUCUGACAGAUGUUGACACCUUGACAUAAUCUGAUGUCAUAUGACAUCAUUAACAUCACACAUUUUUUCCGAUAUAGGAGUGAUUUUCAGCAGAUCCGAGUUAGUCUGCACAGACACACUGCAAGAGCGGCACAAGCACACAAGCGCCACCCUUUCCUGGAAGAAAGACGGAGCUUAUGUCAACUUUCUCAGAUUUAAAGACAGAAAGUUUACUCAGAAUGUCACACAGCGAAGAAUUUCAAGAGAUGGAGGUUUCCACCGAAGAACUGAACAACGUCACAGAGAGUAUUCUGCAGCAAAAUAACACUAUGAGAGAGCAGGUUGAGAAUCUCUGCAAGAGAUUACGAAACAGGAAAGAUUUAGAUGCUUCAUACAAAGAGCUGAAAAAAUCACGGAAAGCUGCUAUUGGGGAAAACAAAAAACUGGCGCAGCAGCUGGAGAGUCUAAGAGUGGAUGUUGAAAAGCAGAUACACGUGGAACAAAUGUGUAAAGAAGAAAGGAUAAAAAUGUCUCAGGUCUCAGAAACAAACCAAGAACUGAGAACAGUGACGGACGCACUUCAGUCCAAACUUCAGCAACUGAACGACAUGAAAGAAGAAAUGUCUGGCAUCAAGGCUGAACGGAAAACUUUGGAACAAGAGAACAGAGGUCUGGAAUCUCAACUGAAGAAACUCCAGAAAAAGACUGCCCGCAAAGCACACCUGGAACCGGAUUUGAAAAAAGAAUUUGAUGAAUUCCAGGCGUUGCAACAGCAAACUGAUGAACUAAGGCAAAGCCUUCAGGAGUUGCAGACAGAAAAUGAGGAACAGAAGAGGAUGGAAGAGAACUAUCCUUCAAUGAAAGAAGAACGGUCUCAACUCACAGUUCUGAAGGUUCAACUGGAAGAAGAGAUUUCUGAUCAGAGAAGGCAGAAGGAGGAAACACGUCAGCUGAUUGCUCAACGUGAGGAGGAAAAGAGAGAGCAGGAAUCGCUUAGAGAACAAAUAAAUGUUCUCACAGCCGAAAGAAACACACUGGAAGAUGAACUGCAACACUGUAAAGCGCUGGAGUCUGAAUGUAAGGAGAUACAAGCAGAAACCAACGACUUAGUGAAACAAGUUUUCAACCUGACACAAGAUUCUGCAGAGCUGAAGGACAUGAUUUCAGUGUUUGAUGGUGUGCAAGAAAAACUCAAUGUUGCAAAGGAGGACAAUUUGAAGGUGAAGCAACAACAUGACCUUCUUCAAAACCAAAUCCGAGACCUGCAGGUUCAGAUGCAGAAUUCACAACAGGCAGUCGCUUCUCUAGAGAAAGAAAUCAAAGAUCUCCAGGAGAAAAAUAAAGAAGUAAAGGAGGUUCAGGCUAAAUAUGACAGAAUCUCUGACAAAAAGUCCAAACUGGAGGACAAGAAGAAGCAGCUUCAGGAUGAGGUUUCAGAUCUGAAACAGCAGCAAGAGGAAGUCCAGGAACUGGCUGUUCAGUACAACAACGUUCUGGAUGAACUAAGACCCCUUCAAGAGGAAACUAAGAACCUCAGAGAGGAAAGGAAAAUGCUGACUGAUCUUCUGAAACAGCGUCAGACACUGGAGACUGAAUAUAAUGACGUCAAAGCAGAAGCUGACCGUGUGGAGGAUGAAAACUUUGACCUUCAAGUUGAUGUUGCUGAUCUGCGGAACAAGGUUUAUGCCUUGGAUGAUGUUCAGGACAAACUUUUGAAAGCAAAGGAGGACAAUUUGAAGGUGAAGCAACAACACGACCUUCUUCAAAACCAAAUCCGAGACCUGCAGGUUCAGAUGCAGAAUUCACAACAGGCAGUCGCUUCUCUAGAGAAAGAAAUCAAAGAUCUCCAGGAGAAAAAUAAAGAAGUAAAGGAGGUUCAGGCUAAAUAUGACAGAAUCUCUGACAAAAAGUCCAAACUGGAGCACAAGAAGAAGCAGCUUCAGGAUGAGGUUUCAGAUCUGAAACAGCAGCAAGAGGAAGUCCAGGAACUGGCUGUUCAGUACAACAACGUUCUGGAUGAACUAAGACCCCUUCAAGAGGAAACUAAGAACCUCAGAGAGGAAAGGAAAAUGCUGACUGAUCUUCUGAAACAGCGUCAGACACUGGAGACUGAAUAUAAUGACAUCAAAGCAGAAGCUGACCGUGUGGAGGAUGAAAACUUUGACCUUCAAGUUGAUGUUGCUGAUCUGCGGAACAAGGUUUAUUCUUUGGAUGAUGUUCAGGACAAAGUUUUGAAAGCAAAGGAGGACAAUUUGAAGGUGAAGCAACAACAUGACCUUCUUCAGAAGGAACUCAAAGACCUACAGGUUGAGCUGACAGGUAGAAGAGAUGAAUGAAGGAUUUCCUCCAACUCCAAUUAGGACAAAAAAAGGGGGGGGGGGACCCUUCGCUGUUUAGGUGAUAGGAGGGUGGAGUUGUUUUUUUAAUUAUUAUUAUUAUUAUUAUUAUUAUUUUGUCAUUUAUUUUUUCAAUUAUUAGUUGUUAUUAGCACUUAUGUAGGAAGAAAAUAAAGAUUGUUAGAAAAAAUGGGGAUAUCUAAAACAUAGAAAAGAAAUAGUAGUAGUAGGAAAAUUAGAAAUGUGAUUGAAUUCAUGCUCUUGGUAUACUGGGAAUGAUGAAUAUGUGUGUGUUUGAGUGUGUAGGGGGGUUAACAUAGCAUACCCCCUGAGGUCUCCACCCUAACAAGAAACAUCACUAGUUAGGGAGGAGACCUCAGGGGGGACACGUUUUUUAAAAUGUUACCCCCACCUUACACAGAAACACACAGACACACACCAUCUCCCACCAUAGCACAAGAGCAAAUUUGUCAAAAUUAAGUCAGGCGUAAAAAAAAAAAAAUAAAAUAAAAUUAAAAAAAAGGGCGACACACUAAUAGGUGUGUUUGUGUGGGUUUUCUCUGAGCACUUCAGUUCCCCCCACCCAACAAAAUUUAGAAUUAAUAAUAGUUAAAUUACUUAAUUUGAAAAAAGUGUUGAGAUUCUUUAUAAAAUUGGUUUAAUUAUUUACAAUCUAGCUGGAUUAAAAAAAAA